AUGAAGGUUGAGCUCUGUGUCGACCUGAACGCUGUCCAGGCUCCCCUGGCCAACCGCGUUGCCCCCGCUGCUCAAGGCCAGCAGGGUCAGCAGGGCCAGGGUCAGAGGCGUCGUGCGCCUGGUCCCAGCAAGCCCCGUCCUGCCCGACCCCAGAAGAAGACUGCCGAGCAAUUGGACGCUGAGAUGGCUGACUACAAGCAGACUACUUCUGCUUAG